UGGGUGCUGCGGCGGGUCGCUCCCCACUCCCCACGUGCACGUGGGGUGUCCCUGCCCUGCGUCCUGCAGGUGAGAUGCCCCUGUCACACAUCAUGAGCCAGGAUCUGGAGAAAAUUGCCAUGGAUUACAUCAUGCCGUGCCUGCACGAGGUGGGCUUCUGCUACCUGGACAACUUCCUGGGCAAGGUGGUGGGCAACUGCGUGCUGGAGCGCGUGAAGCAGCUGCACUGCGAAGGGGCCCUGCGGGACGGCCAGCUGGCCGGGCCGCGCGCCCAGGUCUCAAAGCGGCACCUGCGCGGCGACCAGAUCACGUGGAUCGGGGGCAACGAGAAGGGCUGCGAGGCCAUCAGCUUCCUCCUGUCCCUCAUCGACAGGCUGGUCCUGUACUGCGGAAGCCGCCUGGGCAAAUACUACGUCAAGGAGAGGUCCAAGGCAAUGGUGGCAUGCUAUCCAGGAAAUGGAACAGGUUAUGUUCGCCACGUGGACAAUCCCAAUGAUGACGGCCGCUGUAUCACCUGCAUCUACUACCUGAACAAGAACUGGGAUGCCAAGCUACAUGGUGGGAUCCUGAGGAUAUUUCCAGAAGGGAAGUCGUUCGUAGCAGAUGUGGAGCCCAUUUUCAAUAGACUGCUGUUCUUCUGGUCGGACCGCAGGAAUCCACAUGAGGUGCAGCCUUCCUAUGCCACCAGAUACGCCAUGACUGGUACUUUGAUGCUGAAGAAAGAGCAGAAGCCAAAAAGAAAUUCGGGAAUUUAACUAGGAAGAGCGAGACUGAGCUCACUGAAGACUGACCAUGCUGUGACAUUCGCUGGCCUCGUUCACUUUAGUUACAGUUCCCGAAUUUUCUUUAAGCAUUGACACCCAAAGAUGACAAGAAAGUCCCCUUGAGUGCUUGUCUCCCUCAUGUCCCUGUCUUGCGUGUGGUACUUGGUGUUCUCUUGCCAACACUGUGUUGACCUGCAGAUACUGUCUCUGCCAGACGAACUCACUUGCUACUCCAGAAAGACCUGCACAUGUCCCUGUUGGCCAGCGGGUUAGCUGAUAGGUUUGGUAAAACUGGUUAUUGAAACAAGAGCCUGGGAGCACAGGGAUGAAUUUUACUUGCACUUUAUAUACGCUUCCUGAUUUGAAAGGAGGAGGUUUGCAAAAAACAAAACAAA